UGAUGCCAACGACGCAUACAAUAAAGUGAUUAUCAUGUAUUCACCAUUCAACAGAUCAACCAACUGGUUAUCUCUCUACAAAUCUGAUAGUGGCAGAGCAGACUUGCUAGAAAUCUAUGUUGACGCGAAAUUAACGACUACAACUACUUUUGAGACGGCAACCUCAACUCCAGUGACGUCAACAGCAACUCAAGAUACAACGACUACAGCUUUAGAUACAACAACAACCCCAUCAACCUCAACUCCAGUGACGUCAACAGCAACUCAAGAUACAAUGACUACAGCUUUAGAUACAACAACAACCCCAUCAACAGCAACUACAGUGACGUCAACAACAACUCAAGAUACAACGACUACAGCUUUAGAUACAACAACAACCCCAACAACAACAACUACAGUUUCGUCAACAACUCAGGAUGGUACAACACCUCGGUACACAACAGCUACAACCGCCGAAGCCAUAGCGACAACAUCAGGAAGUAAUUUCAGCAGCAUCUGCGGGAAUUGUGUGUGUCAGAGUCAGAGUCAGGUGAUAAACAUGACGUCAGAGGAAUUGCAUGAAGCAAUAUUUCAGCUCAAGAAAGAAUUACAAGUCGAUAAAACAAAAACAAGCCAAAGCAUAAGAAGAAAAAUCAGUGCCAGUGACUCAAGAACUUCAGCACAGACAAUAGGCACGUUUGGAGCAGUCAUGCUGUCUUUUCCUUUUGUUUUCAUUAUCUUAUCUGACCUGAUAACCUUGAUUCAAUUUUUUAAUAAUACCACAAAGAAAAGACCUAACUUGGAUUGGUCAUAACUUUUAAUGGUUCAUUUUAUUUAUAAUGAAUCUAUUGUUACGUAUUUAAGUCAUCGGGGUUAAUAAGUACAAUGCUAAAUGAAUAAUGUCUCAUGACUUUCAGUGCUGGUAGCUUAUGGUAGAAAAGAUGUCCGACAAUGUGUUGUUACAUUGCCAUGGAAACACUGAAACUCGUUAUGAUUGUUUUUUAUUUUUUGUUCAUCUCGCAAAAAUCUUUUAUAUUUUGAUCCUGUACAUUAUUUGUACAAUAUUACAAUCUAAGAGUGGUAGCUUCCGCCGACUAUGAAUGUCAUCUGCCCAAUGGAAAAUCAUCUAUUUAACUAACGGUAAACGUAUCAUAUAUUCGCAUAUUCCCUAUGAAUGAAUUGCUAGGUACUUUUGAAAAAACUAUCCCUUGUCAGCAAAAACAUUGUCAGAUUUGAAUAUAUUCAUUAUCAAAUAAAACAGUUCAUGUCCUUGGAGCAUAUAUAUUGUAUACACAUUUCACUGCAUGACUGCCUAGUAUCUGGAUACGCUCGUAUUGAUACGGCAUAAUACAAACAUGUUCAAUAGGUUUUUUCAGACGUACAUAAAUGGCACAACAUUGGCGUAAUUGACACCGACAGUACUACAAAAUGACAUUUAUAUUUGAUGCAAAUAUCAUCUUUUGUAUAGUUUGUAUACAAUGUAAGCUGAAACGGGCGAACCAAGAAUGAGCGAAAAUUGGUAUAAAGCAUUUAACAAAAGGCCUGUAUUAUCAAUUUUUAUGUUGAGUGGACUGUUAAAUCCAAAACUUGUCAAUUAUGGUUAGUCUUUGUCGUCACUGUUAGAUCGGAGAUAUUGCAUUAACUUGUUUUAUGCAUGAACAUUAAAAAUGACACAGCUUGUUGUAAAGUAUGCUGAAGCACCGUUCCUUUAUACAGGACUCAAACAACACCAUUUCCAACGUACUGUCAAUACAUAGUGUAUUCAUUGUAUUUACUUAAAGCAAAAUUACUGGACACGCACAUUUA